AUGGCCUCUGCACUCUUCGCUGAGGGUGUAUAUAAGUUAUUUAAGACAUGGACAGCUUUGAAUUUAGCGGUGGAGAAUCUAUGGGGUGGGGUAGACUCCGAGGAUAAAAGAGAUUGGUUUGUUGGUGUUGUCGUAGAAUACUAUGAGAAAAACGGUCAACGAACAGAUCCAUUCGACGUCGAGCAAAUUCUCGAACAAGUCAUGUCUGAUGAAUUCAGUACGAUUCUUGAAGAUGAUUCAGCAUAUCAAAUUGCUCAGACACUAUCCCGAAUGUAUACAGAAUGCCUAACUAAUAAAUCGACAAUAAUUGAUAAUUUACGAGCCAAACAAUCUUCGCGACCGACAGGACACUCAUAUUGGGUCUUGUCAAUGCGAUUUGCAAUGGAUGCAGUUCGCGAAAAGAAUAAAUUCCCACCACAUGUCGGAGUAUCGCGAGAAUACGAUACAUCUAGAGGCAGCCUAGUUUUAAACUGUUUAAACGCGUGUUGA